GUUAGACAUAGAACAUACAAGGCAAUCUCGUCUGGCUGGUCUGGCUUAAGAUGCGUAAUUUCCAGGGCUUCAUUGCACUCUGCUCUCUCCCUGCACCCCAUCCUCCCCAUAGUUCCCUCUAAGCCAUUGAAUCUUAAUCUGAUGGUGCACUUCGCUCCUAACCAAAGAAGAACACGGCGAGCCCCAUCACUGCCAUGAGAACAAUCGUAACACCAUGGGACAAGGAACCUGCAGUCUCAACCGUAACACUGCAAUCAAGACCAGCAUCCGAGUACACCUCGUUCACACUCUUCACAAAGUCCUCUUGAGUUUGCUUCAAAGCAACGCCAUCACACCCCUGUGUCUGACAGUAGGGAAUAUUCUUUGCUUCUACCGUCUUGUCUGCACAAGUGGUGGACUUCGUCUGUUGCACGAACGUGGUAUCCGUCACAUUGCUGCAUUCAGAUUCCAACUGCUGGUACGCGGGGAACUCGGCAAAAGUCAACACUGCACAUGCAGAAAUCAAAUACAACUCUCAAAGAAAGAAUCGACACCAACGCCAGUUGGACGUUAUUAUUAGACCAAACGUUUCAGCUUUGGAUCCUUCCGUGUUGGCCCAAACUUUUGCAAUAGGUGCACUGUCAUCAAGUUGGAGCACCUGUUGCUUUGGAACGGUUCUUAGGAACGGAACCGUGCACCGCUCAAUCCAGCUGCCCACCUCGCAGGGCUUGACCCUUCCCAUUGAAUAGACGAAUCUACAAGAGUGGUACCGCGGUACCAGGGCACUAUCAACUGUGGUUGGCUAUUGAAGAGGGCACGUACCGGUAUGCAUUAGCCUCUUCACACUUUCUGUGCUGCAUCUUUAUCCUUUCAGGGCAUCGUUUGUUUUUCUUUCCACUUGGUGGUUACUUGGUUUCUUUGCGCAUCAUGAUCGUAACUUGGAAAGGUCUUCUGCUCACACUGGUCCAUUCAGUGGCCGCCAUCAGAGGCGCAAAUUCCAGGAGAGACCCUCCUCUAUUUGACCUGUUGGACGACCAACGUCCAUUGGCACGGCAUCUUGAGGAGUUGGGCCCUGGAUUCAAGCAAACAUUUAAUUUUUCAGCAACGGAAAAUCGCACCAUGUUUGGCGCCAGGACUGCCAUUAGCGCUGAUGGGACUGUGGUGGCGCUUGCAGGUGAUGGAUUUGUGGAAGUCUACGAGCAAGUCAGUGGUGACAGUUUUGAUGAUUGGCGCUUGCGUGCAGUGAGAAUCGCAACAACCUCUGGUACCUUGCCAAAAGCGAUUGACUUGUCACCGGAUGGCAUGAUCGUGGCAAUAGGGCAACCAGACUGGAACAGCGCAAGAGGGCGUACUGAUAUUUACGCUUACAACACUACUGACAACACUUGGACUGAUAUUGGAAGCUGGUCUGGAUCUGAUCCCAAUUACAAGGUCGGAUACUCUCUGGCAUUCCACAAGCCAGCACCCAAUGCGCUUGGGCACUAUGGCAAUGGAGACACAUUGGCAUUAGGCAUUCCUGGUUUUGAACUGGUUGGUGACCCAGGCUUUGAAUAUCCUCUAGGAGAAGUCUAUCUGUUGUUUAGAAAUCAGACGUCAGGGCGGUACUUUCUCAGUGAAGAAGUCCGCGGAAAAAGUUUAACAGGAUCAGCUGAUCAAGGACGUGUGGACUUCUUGGCAUUUGGCAGUACUGUGGCCCUCGGAGGUACUGGGGAAUAUGUGCUUGCAGUGGGAAUUGACACAUUUAAUACAGAACUUCGACCAGGCAGAGUUGUGGUCCUGGUAUCGCCGCUUAACACGGAGGGUCAGUUUAACCUUUUGGGAAGUGAGAUUGUUGGAGAAGGUGGAGGAGAUGGCUUUGGGUCAUCCAUUGCUUUGAAUCAAUUUGGGACUAUCAUUGCAAUUGGAGGGCCACUCAAUGAUGGCAGAAAUUUUAUCAUGGCUGGACAUGUAGAAGUUUAUAGCUACAAAAGGGGGCUUGACGAAUUCUGGGUGCAGCUGGGAGGGGACAUUGAUGGAUUUACCUUUAAUGAGCAGUUUGGCUUCUCUGUGGCUCUGGAUUAUGAUGGUGACACCCUCUUGAUUGGAGCCCCCUUCUUUGGUGGUGGUACUACUGGCUUUGGUGAUGAUGCUGGCUAUGCCACUGUUUUAGAAUACAAUCGGAAUAGUGACGCCUGGUUUUUUGUUCAGAUCAACCGUGAUGAAAAUCCCCUUACCCUUGAGGGUUCAGAAGGCUCCCGUUUGGGUCAUGGUGUGGCCAUGUCUGCCAAUGGAGCCAAGCUGCUUGUUGGAAUACCAUUUGGAACAAAUCAACAGGGCGUUGUUUCAGGGACUGCUGAAUUGUGGCAAAACACAAUGUACCCCACCUUUUCUCCAAUUAACAAUCGCCUUCCAGAGUAUAAUCCAAAUGGGUCGGGCUCAUUGGCGGGAGGUGUCUACUGGGUGACAUCAAAUGUGAGUCGAGCUUGGAACUCUGGGGUUGCUUUCAUUCAAUCAGUCUUUGGUGUCUGAAGGAAAGAAAGUUGAAUGAUGAUUGUACUAGUAUGCAAGAGUUCAUAGGCGUCCUCUAGCGAGAAAGGCAUUCAAGAUCUAGUUUCACUUUACAUCUAUUGCAGGAUAGAUCUAUUCUUUGGCCCUGAAAGAGCAGGUAUUGCUAGCCAUCUAAUAGCCUCUCUUGAAGCAGCCAACAGGCAUGAAAAGCAUUCGCCAUCAGCAAGCUAGCUAGUUCUAUACGCGA